AGCGACUGGCCGCACUCGGCGUAGCAGCGCGCAUCGCGAAACACGGUGGUGGCUAAAUCUUUGUCCGCUGUUUAGCUCUGAUUCAGUCGUAGUUUCGAAGCGGCGCCGAGCGAGUGACGGUUCACUCGGUCGCCACUCCGUCCGCUUCUUCUUCUUCUUCUUCUUCUUCUUCUUCUUCCUCCUCCUCCUCCUCCUACUCCUCCUCCUCUUCUUCUCGUUUUCAAACCUUCUCGCGAUUUGCCUAUAAUUAAACACCGUCCCAAAAGAAAGAAACGCUUCCUCUCCUUGCCUCUGCCGUUCACCUUGUCCUUGCCGCGAACAGAAUGAAGCAGGGCGGUGAAUUCUUCUCGAGAGUCGACGAACCAACCAGUACGCGAUUCUAUAAUUAACGGGAUACUCGUAGCCACGUUUCGGCCAGACAAAACGACGUGCGCCACGGCGAACAUGCCUGCCGAGGAACUCGUGUACAUCGUGGCGUGAGUUAAACCAGAACGAAAGUGGAUAAGGAUAAACAGAGGAGGAUCGACUGGAUAAGGGAUGCUUUCGUGUGGAGGGAAACACGCCGACGGCGAACCUUGACCGUGAGUUGGCCUAUUGACCGGCUCUAUUUUCAUCUUUCCCAGCGUCGGCAUCGUAGAGUGUAAAAGUGAAUAAAGAAGAAUAAAGUUUUUCUCGUGACGGUGCUUUGCUGGUAACUUGUGCGACGAAACUGUAACGGAACUAGCCUGUUUUCUCGAGUGCUCGACCCAAUUUUCCGAGAAUUUUGUGUUGGCGCAGAGGCCGGAGAAUCGUACAAGUGCGUUCGCGUUCGCGUUCAAGGGUUGCCUGUUUUCGAGCGUUUGUUCGCGAUGAGCGAGUAGAAAAGGAGCAGCAGCAGAGAGAGAUCGUGGAGGAACGCUUUUAAACCGAUGAGAUGACAGUGCUGUGCGUGCUGUGGGCAACUCUGUCCACCGUGGCAUCGAUCCUCGCCUGUUCCGGAUUUUACUUGCCUUAUUGGAUUCAGGGACGACUGUUGGGAAAAGCGGACGCGUACUUUAGUUCCUUUCGACGCUGCAACUAUCCACGAAUAAGGGCGCCGAACACUGCUCCAGAGAUAGUGUACGAGUGCGCCAGGUACUCCAGCUUUUGGGACAUACCGAGCGGCUGGUGGCAAGCGAGUACCGUCACGAUGGGAAUCGGCGUCGCGAUCGCCGUGAUCGGCGCUUUAACCUUGCUCGCAGCAGCUUCGAGCUUCCUUCCACACAUCCUAAAGACACCAAAACACACCAGAGUUUUGGGUGCCUUGCAACUACUCGCUGUGAUGAUAUGCGGCGGUCUGGUGAUGUAUCCCAUAGGAUGGGACAACCGAGAGGUACGGGAGUCCUGUGGGAAGGGUGCUAAUGUAUACAAUCUCGGAAAGUGUUCGGUGUCGUGGUCAAGCCACCUGCUGGUAGGCUCGGUGGCGCUGUUAAUGUUGUGCUUUGGAUUGAGCUUCUGCGCGGCACGACACAAGCCGUCCAACCCACACACCGAUCCCCUGCGCAUUUGACAAUCGAGAUACUCGCAAUCGAUUCAUGCCUACGCCUCGCCGAAGACGACCAGCCUCUCCUUCGUCACGGUCUGUUGAUUAUCGCUCCCCUCACGAGCAUCCAACCCACCAGCCUUGCCUCACCUCGCCACCUGCGUUCACCUGGGUAUACACUGGUUUACACGCACCCACCUGCGUAACGUCGUACCACCCACCGUCUACUUAGAAACGAAUAUUUCGUGUCCGUUCGCAUCUACAGACAGUGAACGCAAGAUUUUCUUAUAUACAUAGGUAUACUCGUAUGUAUAAAUUGUCAUCACUUCAAUUUUACGUUUUACACUUUCCUACACGGUUAAUGUUUGUACACGUGAACGAACCUGUAUGUUGUAGAACGUAAGGAUAAUUGAACAGGGAGUUUGUUGCGUUCCGUGACGAAUUUCAUGUGUCACUCCAGCGUGACUAUGUCGCUUCGAGACAAACUACACCUUUAGACGAGAGGUAAACGAAGUAUUAGGGUAAUUGGUUCGUUAACCCUUUAGCUAUCUACAUGCCACGAUAGUGGUUUCCUUUUGAAACGCACUUUCUACUUGGCUCUUAUCUUCUCAUCGUUUAGUUCCUUCCAAUUUUACUCUACUCAUUUCAGCCGCGGCUAAAGGGUUAAAUCAUCGAUAAGCGAAAACUUCUUUAUAAGAUACGAUUGAAAGGGAACGAAAUUCUGAGCGUUUUCGAUUCCUAUUUCGGGACUGGAUCGUUCGACAAGGAAAACUCGUCGAGAUCGAAUCGAGAUCGUGCUCGAUUAAUAAAAUUACCAACUAGAGCAUGACAAUUUUAAAUGUCUGUCGAAUCCUGUUCCAACUUGUCUUCCAAACUUGUAGAGGUUGUGCUUGAGUAUUUCUAAACAGCUACGUGUUUCGCUUUUCAAACCUACUCGUUUCCUGCUCUCAUUUUCCACGUCCCUGUUUCUUCUGUGAGAAGCAGUCACGGUUUGCGGUUAACAGGUUCGUGUCAUAAUCGCGUUCGAAUUCUCAUUAGUUAUCGUUAGCGAAAUUAAAACGUUGAAUAGUUUCGAAGGAUCAGAGGCCCUCGCGAUCGAUUCUCUGCUGCUUUUCGAGUCACUUUUUCGAGAUUUCGCUGGAAACGUUAUUUCUCUCUCGACACCUUCGACCGUACUCGAGUUCAACGGUUGCUUUGCCACCGAAGGGACAAUCGUACCCAUCUUUUUCAUGCUGUCUCUUUGUUUAUGUCCAUUGGACUGAUUCUCGAGAUCUGUCGCCAACAGUUCCAACACCGAGGAUGGAAUGGACUUUCCACGCUUUCACCCCAUGCUUUCUCGGAUUUCUUGUUUGUACAGGAUUCAGGGUGUGAGACAGGUAACUAGCACAAUACCGGGACAAAGUGUCCCUGGGAAAAUUACAAAAUCUCCAUAGAAAAUGUCGAAAUUUAACGUUCGACUCGUUAACAACGCGAAAACAAAAGUCUAAAACUAAACAAAAGCUGCGUUCCACUCAUGAACGAUUCCCAAUUAGAAUAAUGAAUCGCGGCGAUAUGCCGUCGACCCCUUUCCUAACCUGUGCGCAGCAGUCUUCUCGAGAAGCGUAGUUGGUUCGCAAUUAAAAUUACAAUGGCGGCUAGGAAAAAUCGGGAACGUGUCGGGCUUAAUUUUCGAGCAGAGAACGAAAAGCCGACAUUCCGUGAAGGUACUCGCAUUGUCCGAACUAAAUCCACCUUGCAAAAAGCGAAAACGAGCCAAAAGAGGCUUCGCGCAUCGUCGCUUCCUUGCAAACGCAUUCGGUUGAUCCAAUUUCGAUGCACGUUUCGAAUUCAUCGUAAUUCAGACCGCAUUUUUUCAUUUGGUCGUGAUUCUUCGUUGCAGCAAUGUUUAAAAAAAUAAUUUUCAUCAGUGUAUCUUGCGUCGCGUCGUAAGCAACGAGUAUAUUUUCUCGCAAACGUGCCACAACGAAAGGGUCAACGCUUUUUAUUUCCAUUUACUUACAAUCUAAAGGUAUAUUGUUCAAACCGACGAUCUUCUACCAGCUCCGAGGUUUUCCAUCUAUUGAAAACAUACGCGGCCUUUUAAACUUUCGGUAGAACAACGAAGGAUAAUUUUGCAGAAAAUGUCGUUUCACUACCGUUUCCUCGUUACCCGGCCAGACGAGAUAGAAAGGCGGACUGGGACAAGCCCUAAAUCGCGAAAGGGUAGACCGCGGACACAAUUAGUCGACGCGUGGCGUUAACGAGGCCAAGAAAAGGAAAGCAACGGUGGAGGCGAACUAGAAAGGUGGCAGCAAGAGUCGCUUUUACGUUGGCGGUUUCCGUUUCGCAGGGUGGUCCACUCGACUUGGUCGAAAAUUUAGCUCGCGCAAAGUAACAGAGAGGUAAAGGGGAAAAGAGAGGGGCGAGUGGACAGUGGAUGGGACGAGAGUAAAAGAGAAGCGAAAAGUGAAAAGCGAGGGAGGAGAAUAGAGGCCGCGGCUUUUAGCGAUUUCACCAGAUUUUCAAAGGCGGCGUUGUUUUUCCCGUCGCGCGUUGUUCAGAGAAAUCGUGUAACACGCUUCGCGUUUCCUACUCGCUAUUCUUUUCUCACAAUUUUCAUCUCAUGGACCGUGAUUUUGCGAUUCCGAUCUUCGCUGUGUCGAGAACUAUACGUUCGCCGAGACACUCUGACCUGACGUGGCUUUUUGCACCCUUCGCGGUUUCUCGAAUAGAUUUUUAUUCUUUAUCAGAGCGUGAAUUUAGCGGAAUUGUAUCGUUAUGUACACUGUGUUUGAAAAGGGAAAAGGGAAAUGGCGUUGCUGUGAACGGAGUCGUCAGUUAGCAAAUCCCUGUCUCGCACAGAAUACGUAGUUAUAACAGUUUAACGGAAACGACUUUGAAAAAUCCACGAGCAUGGUAAGAAUAGUUUCUUUCUCGAGAAAGGAACGUUUCUAUGUGUCGUUUGCGUCGACACACGCUUUGUACGCGUGUAACGGUGCUCGUCCUGAAAAUUAUUACACUCGACUUCCCGUUUUUAACGUCUUUUCGCGUUCGUGGAAAUAUUUUCUCGGUGAAAGAGUAGUUCCUGCGGAACGGAAAGGAAAAGUAGGGGGUUUAAAAUCAAUCGUCUAGCGAUCGACGCGAUCGAUCGGUCGAUCGGUCGAUCUAUCGACUAUGUUAGCUGUCCGCGAGAUGCUCGAAGCAAAGUUUCCUUGUAAAUCUCGCUCUGCCCGCUCACGUCUUUGCGACUCGCUUUCCUCCUCUAGCUAUUUUUCUUUCCGCGAGCCCGCUUUGCCUCUUAUCGGAACGCUCGUCGAGCCAUUUCUCUCGCUGCGUACGGGACACCCAGUCGAGUUUAUUCUCUCGACUAAUAGAGCUAUCGAGAGGCGAACUCGUCGAACGAAGGAAUUGUUUGGAUGACAAUCUUGCUCAAAUUGCUGAAAGUUUGCUCAGUCGUCUGGAAGGUUUAAACGCUUUUUCACGGUACGCGGGUUUUUUCAGACGCUCUGUAUAAACGCUUUAAGUUUCGUGUUCGUAAUUGGAGGGUUGCCAAAAAUUCCCUUUGAUCCGCGACGACGAGCCUGUCGGAAAAGAUCCACGGGAACGGCAGAUCGGAGAGUUUCUUGAACGUCGUGUUUUCUGCACCGUUGUUCAACAGCCUCGCGACGGAAUAUUCAACGAGGCCGCGAGCGAAACGCUCGUCGAUACCUCGAAUUCCUUCUCGAUAUCGUUCGACCUCGUUUUUCCGCGCCGCCUGACGUGAUACGCGUUAUACAGGGAACGGAAACGAACCUCUUAGGAAUACAGGUUGAGGUACGAAACGCAAUUUCGUAAUAGUUUCCCCCUCGGUAUAUGGAUGAAAUUUUCCUUUGUUCGCGUUACCGAGUCGAGCGGUUCCUCCACGGUGACAAGGGGUGCUACUAGCUACUAGCUACUACCCUUUAACCGUUUCCUGCUCCUCCCGUCGAUCCGUUCGUGUCGACGAUUAAAUCAACGACCCGAGGCGUACACUUUGAUUCUUUGAGCAGACUCUGACGGCAUAAUCGACGCGUAAACGACACUGCAAACGAGACAUCGUUGCUGCUGAACGAUGCAAUUUGCCCCUCGUUUACAAUUCGAUCCGGCUACGAGCAUCGCGUUGUCAUCUCGAUUGAAAAUUAUUUCGUAAACCAGCUUUACUCCUCCGAUUGUUUACCCAACAUCGUUUCCUCUUCAUUAAACAGAGGGAAGAAAACACUUUUAAUACGUUAAAUUCAAUCAAAUAAUUGAUCGAACGAUUGCCAGUCGUUUUCGUAAACUCCAGAAAUAGCGUUAAAUCGAUUGAGACGGAUUUGUAACCGUUCCACUCGAUCCUUUGCUCCUUAUUUGCAUGUAAAUUGCUAUCCUUUCGAGGACACGAAAAACCUGCUGCCUGAAUACGUUGUCGACGGUGAAGAACCUUCGUGAAUGAACCCCUUCGCGACGGAGUUUUAGUAAGCGCACAAUUUCCUUUGUUGUACGAUUUGUCCUCUUUCAAACUAACUUACAGCGCUUGCAUACGAAAUUUAAUUACAGUUAAAUUGUAACUUCAAUGUUUUCUAGAUUGUACGAUCUAGAUCGAUCAAAGACAGAUCCAGUCGAACUAAAAGAAAAAAAAAAAAAGAAAAAAAAAACCGU